UUCCAACUUUCUCUCUUUUUUUGAACUUUUCAGCUGACCAAAUAGCAAAAGUCUUUUUCAUGGUUCUGAAAUCCUAUCAUAUGCUUCAUAAUUUCUGCUUUUUGUUUGGCCUGAUUUAUAUGUGCGAUGAUUCAGAAAUUCCUUUUGAUUUGAGCUGUUAUUGGCCAUGUACUAUUCCUCGUUUCUGAUAUUAUGGUUUUUGUUCGGGGAAAUCGCUUGAAUUAUAUUCUCUCCGGCAGAAAUUUAAUCCGUCAGAUAUGCUCCACAUACCCAUUUCGCCAUUUUUAUCAGCACCCAAAAAGCUACUCUAAGUAUGCAAUACCUUCCAAUGAAAUUCUAUGCCUAUAUGUGCGCGUUUCCUUGAAUUCCUUAUACUCUACUAAGGCCCCGUCGAGAUCUUUUAGAAGGAGAGAGCGUAAGAGAUCACAAUCUAAUGCUGAAACCCCUCUUAAUGAAGCCCAAUUUCAACGUGCGGUUUCCCAGCUUCCUCCGAGAUUCACUGCCGAAGAGCUUUGCAAUGUCAUAACCCUCCAAGAAGAUCCCAAAGUGUGCUUGGGGCUAUUCAAUUGGGCUUCGCAACAAUCGAGGUUUAGGCACGAUGUUUGCACUUACCACAUUACAAUAAAGAAGCUUGGUGCAGCAAAAAUGUACCAAGAGAUGGAUGAUGUUGUAAACCAAGUGCUUGCUCUUCCGUAUGUUGGUUCUGAGGCCCUUUUCAAUACCAUCAUCUAUUAUUUCACGGAGACGCGGAAGCUGACUCGAGCUGUCAAUAUAUUUAAGCACAUGAAGAAUAGCAGAAAUUUGGAUUGUAGGCCUUCUGUUAGAACCUAUAAUCUUCUUUUUGCGGCGUUCUUGAGUCGGGGAAAUAAUUCCUAUAUAAACCAUAUUUAUAUGGAGACUAUUAGAUGCUUGUUUAGGCAGAUGGUAAAUGAUGGGAUUGAGCCUGAUAUUUUUUCUUUGAAUUCUCUUAUAAAGGGUUAUGUACUUUCUCUUCAUGUUAAUGAUGCUUUAAGGGUAUUUCAUCAGAUGGGUAUGGUAUACAAGUGUGUGCCCAACUCAUUUUCCUAUGAUUAUUUGAUCCAUGGGUUAUGUGCACAAGGCCGCACAAACAAUGCUAGGGAGUUGUGUGAUGAAAUGAAGGAAAAAGGGUUUCUUCCGAGUAGUAAAUCGUAUAACUCGGUCGUGAAUGCUUUGGCUCUUGGUGGAGAGGUUGAUGAGGCAGUGAGGUGCCUAUGGGAGAUGAUUGAAAAGCGGAGGUCAGCUGAUUUCAUUACCUACAGGACUGUCUUAGAUGAGAUCUGCAGACGAGGAAGGGUAGGAGAGGCCAUUAGGUUGUUGAAGGAGUUUCAAGAAAAAGACAUUGUGGAUGGGCAUACUUACAGGAAGCUUCUAUAUGUGCUUGAAGAUGACUUUGGAAAUUCAGUUGACAAAAAUCAGUUUGGAUACUGAGCGUGAGAUCUUCAUCAUUACAUGUAACCUGUCGUACUUGCUUUGAAUUGAAAGUUAGCUGCAACAGCUUUAAAUUAUCUAGUGCAAGUCUGCUAGUAUUACAUGCAUGUUCUGAGAGGUUAUGUGUGGUUAAGCUUGGGUGCAGAACUUUAUGAAAUUCUCCCUUUGCAUGAGUUAUUAUCAAUCAUCUAUAAAAUUGAGAAUUAAAAACCAAAACCAUGAUCUUCAGUUUAUUUAUAUAUUUUUUUAACAAUUUAUUUUCUGCUUCAUUAUCUUCUGUGUAAAC